AUGUCACCUAUGGAGCCCACGCUACCCUACUCCUUCUCGAAAUGCACAAAGGAGAUGAUUGGCCAAUUUAUGAUAGUCAAUGGUACAGCACAAUGUUUAGAAAAUCAUUGGGAGCCGAAGGACUACAAAAACAACACAAAUAAGCCUCUCCCAGGAUGGAUGUUGUCACCAGCCAGAUUCUGUAGGAGAGUUUUGCCAAAAAUGUACAAGGCAAGAUCUUGUUCUAAUAGAUUCUACCUCAUGGACGUAUGUCAGGUGCAGUGCUGCGUGGGAGAUCUAGUGGAUACAAUUCUAAACUUGGAUGCGCCUGACGGAAUGAACUGCAGAAUUUACGAUACUUGGCAUAAGCACACCAGAAGAGGUCACUGCAUGAACGGGCGGUGUGUGACAAUGAAAUGGCUUCCUCCUGAUAUAAAGCCGAAUUGA